GUCAAGCGAAGCACGAUACGAGCUUUGUCGAAACCCACGGCCAACCAUUUUCAGGGGAAGAAACAGUCGAUUGGCGCUCCGAACAACUUAAAUAAUUAGAUGCGGUGCGAUAAUUAAUCCACGACGAGCAGUCGUACUCGAGGGAAAGAGAUAAUCGUUUGGGGCCGCUUCGUUUCUCGAUUAUGGUACAGUAUCCGCAAGCGACGAAGUGAGGGGCCGAGGAGUAGAGGGUAGUUGGGGUGAAAAAGCACGAUGCCAAAAAGCUAACAAGUAUUGGCUUUCUUUUCGCCAUUCCUGCGGAAUCGAAGGAGUUCUCAACUCUCAAAAUGUACAUACGCGUGACGAGUGGUCGCCAUUUUGCAGGCACCGCAUCUGACAUGUCUUUCUGAUGUUAUUAUCGAUGUGGACUGAAAUUUGUGCGCGAGUUUGUAGCCUUCCUGGUUAUCUCGGAAAUUCCCUCGAGGAGUUUUGAAUGUGUAGCGCAUUUGCGAUCGAAGGAUCUCUCGAUCGUCGUCAUCGGUUAACCGAGCAACCUCCGGCACUCAAGUUCGUCCGACCGUUCCAACCUUGACCGAUCGUCGAGUUCCGAAGAAGAUUCUGUCCGGGUUUAUUCGAGAGUGUCUCGCAUUCUAAAAGAAUCCCGGAAAAAGAAGUCAAUGCACAGGAUGAAGUUCAAGUGCGGCCAAGUCGGGUGAGGACGGCGACAGGGUCGAUGUCCAAGCGUGGACAACAUAACCAAACUUUACCAGUGACCUGUCUUACCAGUCGGUAGUCCGUUUGUUUAUGUAAACAUUGAGGAACAUUGGGACGUUUCGACAAUGGCUAUACCUUACCAAAGACGCGUGAAAACCUCGCAUGUCGAGUCUAUGGAUGAACUACCCAAUGCGAGGAAGCAAUAACGUCGAAUACGCUCUCGAGAUGUUCGACGUAAGCUGCGACGCUAGGUGGAACAAGGGAGGACCGAGGCAGCGCAAGGUGAAGGUCCCUGUGCUCGAGAAACCAAACAUGGACAAUAAGUUGAAGUUUUCCGAUCGCUUGAAGGCUCUGUUGAAAACCGAAGCUCGGCAAGACGUCGACCCGUAUAUUUUCUGCGAGCCGGAGCCAUUCGCCGCGGCGGCCGGGAGGAACUUUAAAACGGUUCCUCCGAAAAGCGCUAGGACGACGCAAAACAACAGAGCCGUCAAGGAUAAAGGUAAAUGCAUCAAGAGGAGGAUCAAGGUGGAGGCGGUGACGGAGGCGGCGGAUAGAGGAGGAGGGGCGGAUGGAGAUUCCGAGUUGGAGGUGGCAGAGGGCAGCGGGGCCAGGUCAGAGUCGAGAUACUCGAAUCUGCUGCGACGCAAGCGGCGGCAUCUCGAGGUCCUGCGGAAGCUGAAGUCGAGCCGGCCCAGCCGGGACCACACUCUGCUCUACUACCCGCGCGCAGGGGACGAGAUAUCCGAUAGCGAGUCGAGCGGUGACGAGACGACCGUCUACCAAAGGCACUGGUUCCCGGGGGAGCCGGCUGCGGCGCCGAGUCGCGCAGCCCGUCUCUCUCGGUUGCGCUCGCAGCUUCGCCGACGGCUGGGCCAACUGCACCAGAGUAGGCCUCUCUCGGAGGGCCCGCUGCGCGAGCGGGCGCGCUGCCUCUUGGAGGCUGCUGCGGGGGACCCGCUCUCGACCGCGCGGGCCCUCGCCGAGGGACCAGGGUCGGGGAUCAGCCAGAACCCUGCGGCCGAGCCCUCGGACGACCCCUUGCUGGCUGGAGGGCCCUGCGGGGCCCGAGGCUGUCGGCAGACUUCUCUGCCCUGCACGCGCCACUGCUCUAGGCACAUCAUGCUCAACGGCGACCAGCUGCUCUUUGAGCACUGCACUGCCAAGUUCAGCGACAACACUCAGUGCUGCGUGCCCGUCUUCGACGUUGCCCACGAGCUCCCCCUGUGCCCGGAGCACGCCAGAAAGCGGGACAACUACCAUCGGAAGGCUCAGGAGUCGAAACCAAAGAAGGCUCGCAAGAAGCCGGCCUCCCCGACUGCGCCGAGGCCCAAGCCGAAAUCCAGGCCGAAGAAGCGCAAGCGACCGCCUUCCGGCAAACCGGAAACGAAGGGCGGUGGCUCCAUCCAGGGCGGGGAGAGCCGCUACGUCGACCGCGUCGACUCCGUCGAACAUCACGCGAAGACGUUGAACAACUUGAACGCUACCCAAGGGAGCUCCGGCUGCCAGAACCUGAAUCUGGGCCUGGGCUUGGGUUCCCUUGGCCUGGGCAACCUAGGCGGUGGACUCAAGGUCGAGUUGGGGGAUCACGAGGUCUUCGCUUCCUUGGACUCUGCGGAGCACGACUUCGGGAACGUGCUAAACAACUUGCCGGCCGAUGCUUUCAACGACCUGUUUAUCGAGAGUAGAAACGGAGAGUACGAGCCGUCGAGGGAGGAGGAGGAGGAACUCGAGCGGGCUCUGGAAGCUGUCGACAAGGACGUCCGAAAUCUGGAGCGGAUGGGUCAAACCCACGGGCUUCUGGAACCGGCUCUGCUUGCCCAGCUCAUGUCGGAUAUCGCCUCGUAGCCUCUACCUCUUCGCUAAAACGUACUCCGACGUUUACACGGCUCGAGCGUGUUUCUUAUAACGUAGAGACGAGAAUGUCCUUUGUGUCCGUGCUGGUAAACGUAACGUUCUGUAACUAACUGUCGCAUCAUUGUUGGGAAUCGGACGCGCGAGGAAUGGACGAUCAAGAGCCCAGUGAGUGCAUCGGGCCGCGAUAGGAGUCGCGCCAAUUGUGGACGACGAUUAAUCGGUUCGCCGCGCGAAAUCUUAUUUGCGCUUCGAGCUUGAAGACACCGAUCGCGGAUUCGCAACCGUUUCUACGUCGAAGAAGGAGGCCUGCUAUCGAUGUGCCGUCGAUGCGUAACGCGUGGGACUCUCCGUGCGGUAAAGUCGCGUUGUUGGUAGGAUUUGCGCUCUUUAGACGAAUUUAAAAGUCGCUUCAACCGGUCGGUAGACGUUACCGAGUACGUCGUUUUCGGGGCCGAGCUCCAGGGGAAUCGAGGAAUCCAGAGCCAGAAGGAUCUAAGAGUCUUGUACAGACAAUUUGUAAACUAUUUCAGCAGUAUACAUUGUUUCCUCCGAUCCUGGAUGCCUUAUAGCAUAUUUUGUACAUAUCGCGUUGUUCUAAUGGUAGACGUAAGUCGUCCGAUUCGAUAAUCGGCGUCCGAUCGUUUAUAAUGGAGUUUCAGUUGCACGUAUUGGGAACUCGAGGAAAUCCUUUGCAUACGCGGUAGAGACUUCCGAGGACACUUAGGUCUUUCUGUUUCGAACGGUUCGAUCGAAAGCCCGGAUUGAUCGCGACCAUUUCGCUGCGCGGAGUCGCGCCGGGAAACGGUUGCGAUGAGGCUUUGGUCAAAUGUUCCGUUUAUGGAGUCUCGUAAUUUGAGGAGCGUUGCGGGAUUUAUCGAGGCUAAUUUCGGCGGUAUAUGCUGGCGGACUCGAGUGCCUUCUCUGCGGAUACAGUGCUGCGAGCGUAUCGAAGGAGGGCAUUUUCGUUCGUCUGUGUACACUGAUGGACAUGAAUGUAUUCCUCGUUGGUAUGGUGGUGCCUAUGUAGGAAGGGAAGGUAUUCAUGUUCCCCGGUGUACAUCCCGCGGGCGCAAACUCGUUAGUUAGGCUGCCAUCGAUGUCACGAUGUUAACGAUCGACCUUUUCACCCGAUCCGCAUUGUACAAUACCCAUCUAGAAAAUGAUUAAGUAACGAUAGUCAACGAUCCGAUAGAACAGUGCGACAAGUGACGAAGGGGUUUCAAUGUCAGUGUGCGGUGUAUUAUUCGUAAGCGUGCAGAACCCUUCAUUGGUGGAGAUAAAUCCGAUCAGGGUCUCGUCGCGCGAUUCCAGCCGGAAAACGAGCCUACCAAAUUUUGUUGCCUCUUUUUCUUAUUUAUUUAUUUAAACGCUAAUCGACUAAUGCCCCAGUCUAAACUCAACGGGAACGGCCGUCGGGCUCUGGCUCGAUGUCGUGGACGAGGUCGUCCACGGAUGCCGAAUGAGUCGAGUCGCGUCGAGUUUCUUUUCUUUAUACGAACUGCAAUUAAAGGAGUUGCUAUUGUGAAGGGAAGAAAGUACUCUUGUUAGUGUUUAAUUAAGAGCGGUCGGUUUCCUAGGUCGAUGUUUCGGAAAUGUGACCGAGUCGGGGUGAAACAUUCCGCUCGAUGGGUCGCGAACGGAUGGACCGCCAACGAUAUGAAGAUUUAAUCUAGCACUCCGGUCCGGUGCACUUCGAGGAGCGAUCGCAUUGGCCAACCGUCGACCGACAAAUUUAACUUUUAAGCGAAGCCAAUGCGGGCGAACGAGUGAAUUCUACACGUAAUAAGGAGUCGCCCUGUCGGAGGUUCGGUUAUGAGAUUGACAUUGUAUUUGCACUAUCCUCGUCUCAAGUAGUUGUUACAUUUAAUGGUAAUUAGCGGUUACAAUUAAUGGUUACUCACAGUGGUGUCGACAAUGCCGAAUUCGAAGAUGCGUAGAAUGAUCGUCCGUCGCUUCUACCGUAUCUAUCCGUGUAUGUCCUUGUAACAUAUUACCGUUAUUACUACCUUAGAUUAGCCGGUAUCAAUUACAAUAAGCAUAUUUUUUA